AUGUGCUCAGCGCCGGCGCCUGCGCUAGCGCGCCGAGUCACCGGCGAGCCACUGAAAAGUCUCGGUUACGAGAAUCAAAACAUACCGCAACGGGAACGCCUCAUGCAGAUGAUGAACGUGCCGGAUCGAAUCGUAUUGAGAGGAGGAGAUAGUUAUGAGGGAUUUGAAGCGGAACCAUCAGAGCUGAUGGCGGACCACAUUAACCACAUAAACAAGAAUGAACUUCAAGAUUUGCCUAACACGAUAACUCUAGCAGAAAGCCCUUACUUGGAUAGAGAAGAAACUAAUGAUGAACCGGUUCGUAGUGAGAACUCCAUCGCAAUUGAAGAAAAUCCACUUCAGGAAUUGAAAUUAAUGCGUCGUCAGAUUGGUCGUAUAUCGACUAGACUUUUUCAACUGGAAGAUGAGCUGGAACAGCGCCGAUUUCGAGAUAAGGUAUGCAUUUAA